GACAGUGUUGGGGCCAACAGGUUUCUUACUUUCUUUCAUGGGAUAAAUAGUUUAAAUUCCUUUAAAUCCUUUCAAACAGAUACAAACCAAGAGAGCACAAUCGAUCCUCCACCAUUAAUUAAAGACGAUGACAAAGGUUUUAACGCUGAUUCUCCUGCUUCUGAGCAUUGACGCCAUUCAAGGCUCUGAAUUUACCAUAAGAGAAGCCACCAUUCCAGAGAUUCAAACAGCUUUUAAGCAGAAUAAACUUACGUCCAAGGAUUUAGUUGAGUUUUACAUUCACGAGAUGCAAAAACUCAAUCCCAUCUACAGAGCAGUCAUCGAAGUGAACCCAGAUGCUGUUCAUCAAGCUCAGAAAGCUGAUGAAGAGCGAAAAGCUAAUGCCCCUAAGUCGCGCUUUGGGUUGCAUGGUAUCCCUAUUUUAGUCAAAGAUAACAUUGCAACCAAAGAUAAGCUUAACACGACUGCAGGAUCUUACGCGCUUCUUAAGUCAGUGGUACCUCGGGAUGCUGGUGUAGUAAAGAAGUUGAGAGAAUCAGGGGCCAUUAUACUUGGGAAAGCAAGCUUGAGUGAGUGGGCCCAUUUCAGAAGUUCCAAUGCACCUAGUGGCUGGAAUGCUAGAGCUAAACAAGCAGUUAACCCAUAUGUAGCAUCUGUUGAUCCAUGUGGUUCAAGCACUGGAUCAGCUAUAUCAGUUGCAACAAACAUGGUAACUGUAUCACUUGGCACAGAAACAGAUGGAUCAAUCCUAUGUCCUUCAAGUGCUAACUCGGUUGUUGGGAUCAAACCCACUUUAGGUCUCACUAGUCGAGCAGGAGUCAUUCCAAUUUCCCCAAGGCAAGACACAGUUGGACCGAUGUGUAGGACAGUAACUGAUGCUGUGUAUGUCCUUGAUGCCAUUGUGGGUUAUGAUAAAAACGAUGAAGUUGAAACCAGAAAAGCUUCAAAGUAUAUUCCCCAUGGUGGUUAUCUGAAGCACUUAAAAUCUGGUGGGCUUAAAGGAAAGAGGUUAGGGAUAGUGAGGGAUUAUCCUAAUUUUGGAUUUGGUAAUGAUACUGAGAUUUUGAAUAAGUUCAAGAAACAUUUCAUGAUAUUAAGACAAAACGGUGCAACUCUGGUAGACAAUUUGGAAGUCCCCAACUACGAUUAUAUCAUGCCAAUGUUCCUUGGUGAGGGUAUAGCACUCUCUGCAGAAUUCAAGAUAUCACUGAAUGCGUAUCUAGAGGAGCUAGUGGCUUCACCUGUGAGAUCUUUAGCAGAUGUGAUAGCCUUCAACAAGAAAUUUGCUAAUGUGGAAAAGCUGAAAGACUACCCACAAGAUAUAUUUUUGGAAGCCGAGAAGACAAAUGGGAUUGGAGAGUUAGAGAAGGAAGCAUUGAGGAACUUGACAAGAGCAUCAAAAUUAGGGUUUGAGAAGUUGAUGAAAGAAAAUAAAUUGGAUGCACUUGUAACACCAUAUUAUGGAUCUACAGCUCUUGCAAUUGGGGGAUAUCCGGGAAUUAGUGUUCCAGCUGGGUACGAUAAAAAUGGGGCUCCAUAUGGUAUUUGUUUUGGAGGGUUAAAAGGUUCGGAGCCAACAUUGAUAGAAAUUGCUUAUGGAUUUGAACAGGCUACUAUGGUCAGAAAGCCUCCACUAAUCAAGGAUUAGUUGUAAUCAUUAUCUCUUUGUUUAAAUAAUAUGGCAUUAUUCUGCUGUUGAAAACUUAAACGAGUUCACAAAUAUGGUCUAUAUUGAGCUAUCUUAUCUUA